AUGGUGGACUACUGGGUGUCCCGGGAGCGGCACUACUGCAAGUACUGCAAUGUGUGGAUGCAGAGCGACAAGCUGAGCAUCAAGCACCAUGAGCAGGGCCGCAGGCACAAGGAGAAGGUGGAGGAGACGUUCAAGGCCAAGCGCCAGACCAAGUCCGACGCCUCCAGCGCGCAGAAGGAGCUGCGCGACCAGCUGCAGCAGAUCGAGGAGGCCGCGCAGGCCAAGUAUGAGCAGGAUAUGGCCGGACGAGCGCCGCCGCCGCCUCCGAGACGACCGGGGCAGCCCAAUGCACCGCCUCCACCUCCUAGACGGCCAGGUCAGAGUGGUGGGCAAUACCGUCCUCCGGCUAUGCAGGAGAAGGAACCACAGGAGGAGGAAGAGGAGGACGAUAAGGGUGUGUACGCUGUGCGAGGAGUCGUGUAUUUGGAAGGUAAAAAGCACGAGACGCAGCUGGAGACUGGGAGCGCGUGCCAGAUUUGGGUCGAGGAGGCCGAGCAGUGGAUCGACGCGCUCGUGGAGCGGGCCACGGUGCACACGGUGCCGAACACGGAGCUGAGCUUCAGACGUUUCACGGUCAUGUACAUGCUGCCGCCGUCAGAAGACGCGGAGAAGAACGAGGACAAGCCGAAGCCUGUGACGGAGCACGAGGUGCUAGCGGAUCGCCUGCGGAUCCCGUUGCCGGCGAAUGUGACGCUGGAAGCAGCGGAGAAGAUGGUGGAUCAGUGGCGCAACGGUGGAGACGCAGCAGGAGUAGAGACUCACGCGCCGGUGGUCAUUGAUGAGACGACCGGAAUGGGCGAGUGGAGUACCGUUGAAGUUCGGCAGAUCGACGAGAGCCCAGAGGCUGUCGCGAAGCGCGCGGCGGAGGCGGAAGCAGAGGCCUCGCGUCUUGCAGAGGAGCAGAAGAGGAUGGAUGCACUCGAGGACUUUUCGUCGCAGGGAGACAACGCUCUAGGCGCGUUCAACCCGUGGGGAGGCAGCUACAAAGAGGAGAUCAACAUCACUACGAACAGGAACGUGAGCUUCAAGAAGCGCGGCCAGAAGAAGCAGAAACGCCGGAGGAUACACACCGACGACGAGUAA